AUGAUAGAGCUUGCAGUUGCCAUGUACAAGAUGAUCUCUCCUCCGCAUUACUUUGGCUGCGGGGAGUUCGACGAAGGUCUCAGGCGGCAAGCGGGUCGAAAAACGGUGGGCCUAGUAACACGACACACAACCUUCACAGCAGCUUCACUCUCUGCGAAGCAACUCAUGCUGAUGGUCGCAACACUGUCCGACAUACUACAACACACUCGACAAUCACCAAGCUUUCGCAGGAAUAUGUCGGCCACACUGAACGCGGUCAAGCCAUCGGCGGCGGAGAAAGCGUUCGCCAUCUUUGAGCUCACCGAGCAGAUCUUCCUCGAACUACCGAUGCGCGAUCUUCUGGUCACUGCCCAGCGUCUGAACAAGCAGUCCGCCGCCAUCACCAAGUCGUCCAAAAAACUUCAGCAAGCGCUCUUCUUCCAGCCCGUCACCGAUCAUGUGCUCGACUUUGACAGCAACAUCAUUGACUGGAGGCUACCUGACCCGCUCAUCUAUCGGCACCCGCUUUGUCGGCCAUCAAAAGCCAAGUCGCGCUACAAGAAGGCAGCUGAGUACUCGAACGCGUCUUGGCGCCGCCAGCUGCUUACACAGCCACCGCUAACCAGCGUCGAGUACUUCAUCUGCUCCAUCAGGCCGCUGCUACACGCUGUAGCAAAGAAUGCGUCGGGUGUGAGACUGGCGGACGUUCGACUAUCACGUCCAGGGACGACAGGCGAAGAAAAAUACAUGUUGGGCGCAUUGUGGCAGUAUCUCGACAAUACUGCUGCAUCGUAUGCGCAGAUCGCGGCAGUGAAGUCGAAGGUAUACAAUGGGCCGUGGAAGGCGAUAACACCGACACCAGGAAAUUAG